UGAUGACUUCUUUAAAAGAUAAAAAGGAUGUCACUAGUGACAAAACUACUACUGACGUAGCCUAUGAAAAACAUAUUGUGACAAAGUUGACCGAUUCUUCUGCGACAUCGUUUACAUACUCUACUGAAGACUAUAAAAGUGACAUAGAUGGUUAUGUUCCUCAUUUGGAAUGGACUAAAGAAGAAGAGGCAAAGGUUCUUUUAAAGAUCGAUCUCAAGUUGAUGCCCUUUGUAUUGCUUAUGACAUUCGUACUUAAUAUGGAUAGAACUAAUAUAUGUAAGUUAAAUCAUUCUUCUUUAUAUAUAUUGGCUGACUAUCUCUUUCUUGUAGCCAAUGCCAUCUCUGAUAAUAUGCCAGAACACUUGGGAUUUAACAUCAAUGGUAUCAACACAGGAACAUUACUAUACUCUAUAGUAUUUACUGUCAUCACGUUGAUAACAAACCCAAUCGCUAAACGUGUUGGACCACACAGAUGGAUCCCUUUCUUGAUGUUUUCUUGGGCUAUCGUGACGUGGGCUCACGUUUUUCUUCAUAACUAUAGCGGAUAUCUUGCCACACGGUUCUUCAUUGCUGUAACUGAGGGAGGAUUUAUCCCUACUUGUUUAUUAUAUUUUACAUCUUGGUACAAGGCCAGUGAAUUAGCAACACGUCUUUCCUGGUUUUGGGGUAUUCAAUCAUUUGCUUCUGCCUUUUCUGGCUUAAUAUCAUUUGGCAUAUUUAGACUAGAAGGUGUCGGUGGUCUUUAUGGUUGGAAAUGGCUGUUUCUUAUUGAUGGCAUCAUUACUCACAUUGUUGGAUUUAUUGCGAUCUUUUAUCUCCCAAAAAGUCCAUCUACAACAAGAGGCCUUCUUCGUGGCAAAUACGGAUGGUUUACAGAACGCGAAAGGGCAAUUGCUGUUACAAGAAUUAUCAGUGACGACAAGUACAAUCUCGAACAGAACCAACGCAUAACAUGGCGUGAUGUACGAAUGGCUGUUCUUGACACCAAGCUCUGGACGCAUCUUCUGAUCACCUUCACAAGCAUGAUGCAUACCACGCCUAUUUCAACAUACUUUCCUACGCUUAUCAGAGGAUACGGCUUUUCAAUUACGACUAGCAACUUGCUUACAGUACCUGCCUUCUUCAUAAACCUUAUUGUUUCCAUCAUCGUUGCCAGAAACGCCGAUAGAAUAGGAAAUUAUGCUUUUCAUGGUCUCUUUGGCUGUGCCUGGGCCAUGGCCGGCUUUUUGUCUUUGAUCCUUGUACCUGAUGGCGCUGGUCGCUGGAAUUUCUAUGCAGCAACAUUGUUUGCAGCCUCGGCUCCUUAUUGGCACGGUAUGCAUAUCGCUUGGAUGUCGUCUAAUCUUGCACCUCACAGUAAGCGUGUCCUUGCUCUUGGCGCUGUCAUUGGCGCUGCUAAUAUCUGCAGUGUUCCUGGAUCACAGAUAUACCAACAAAGCGAUUCCCCUAGAUUCAUAAGAGGAAACUGGAUCAAUUUCAGUAUCGCUCUUUUAUCUGCUAUUCUUUUGAUAGUCCAACAUUUCCGCUAUGUGUUCACAAACCAGUAUCGUUCAAAGAAAUGGGAUAGUUUGACUGAAGCCGAGAAGCAGGACUACUUGAAGCAUACAAAGGAUGAAGGAUCUAAUCGUUUAGAUUACAGAUUUCGAAUUUAAUCAUCUUUUUACAGAUUGUAUCAUAACCUAUAUUAUUGUAUUUAAUGUAAUAAAAAGCUCAUCAGAAGGCUGAAACAUGGAGGAG